GGAGCCUCCUGGCUGCAGAGGGCGCUGGUGCCAGCUUCUCCGUACUUCCCGGAGCUGUUCCAGGAGAGAAGCAGACAGGCACCUGGGAAGUGUCCACUUUCACACACUGCGUCCCAGCCAUAGGAGGCAAUAGAACAGGUUACAGCACCAGCUCAGUAUCAUGGCGAGUGUUGUGACUAAGGAGGGCACUGUGCAAGUUGAAGGGCAGCAGUUAUUUUACCGUCAGACUGCACCAGCUGAGCAGACCCCCAGAUUAUCUGUCCUCCUGCUCCAUGGCAUUCGCUUCUCCUCUGACACUUGGUUGAAGCUUGGAACCCUCCAGGAGCUGGCAGGGGCUGGGUACCAGGCGGUAGCUAUCGACUUACCAGGCCUGGGUAACUCCAAAGAAGCGACAGCUCCUGCCAAAGUCGGGGAUCUGGCUCCUGACAGCUUCCUCCUGAGUGUGCUCAAGGGUUUGGAGCUGAACUCCGUUGUGAUAAUCAGCCCAUCAUUGAGUGGGAUGUAUUCACUGCCCUUCCUGUUUGGGCACUGUGACAUGGUGAGGGGAUUCAUCCCUGUUGCCCCAAUCUGUACUGAGAAAUUCUCAGCUGAGCAGUACUCCAGUGUGCAGACCCCAACGCUGAUUGUCUACGGUCAAGAGGACAAGUCGAUGGGAGAGACAUCGUUCAACCAUCUGAGAAACCUGGCUAACCACAAGGUGCACGUUAUGACGGGCGCACAGCAUGCCUGUUACCUCGAUAACCCUGAGGAGUGGCAUCGCACAGUGCUGGAGUUCCUGAAGAAUCUGUGCUGAAUCUCCUCAGGCGCGCACUGCUGCAAAAAAAAAACAAAAUUGACCAGUUAACAACUGGAUUAAUCAGUUUCUGUUAAGUUAAUCAUGCGUUAAUCUACGAAUCCAAAAAGAAAUCAGUGUUUAUUACCUGCUGCCCUUCCUUCAAUGGCAAUGUGAUUUUAUUCUAACUACAUUCUGAUGUCUCGAUGUGAUUGACCAGAUUAUGCAAUAUACAGAAGGGGUGUCAGUGGUAUAAACUGUUCACUCUGAGAAUUGACAAUGGUGAUGAUUUUGAGGAUAGAAUCUGAUUAUUUGAGCACUCCUUAUCUGUCAUCCUUCCUGCUGCCGUGGGUUAUCACCAGACAAGAGUGGAAGGUGGGUGAUACCACCACUGAUACCAUUCCAGAACUGUCUGUUGCAAGGGCUCCAAUCAUCUGCUCACACCAAUGCAUAAGACCAUUCGUCCCGUUGAGCACCUCUCCCUGUUCUUUAGCUUUAACUCUACUUUCCUGCUUGUUCCCCAUAUCUAUCAAUUCCCUAAGUGACCAAACAUUGUCGAUCUCAGUCCCAAAUGGAUUGAAUCAUGCAGCAUUUACAACCCUUUGUUUGGAGCAAUUUCUCCUCUUCUCAGGGCAAGAUGAUUGGCCCCUUCUCCUGAGACAGCUCCUUGUGUCCUAAACCAGGGGAAACAACCUCUUGGUGUUGACCCUAUCAAGUUCCUUCAGAAUCUUGUAUGCUUCAAUGAGAUCAGCUCUCAUUCUAAACUCCAGAGAAUAUAGGCCCAAUUUCCUCUGUCUCUCAUCUCAAGGACUAGUUUCCCGUACAGUCUCCAACCCAGGUAUGUCCUUCCUUAAAUACGUGUAUCUAAAUUGCACAUAGUGUUCCAGGUGUGGUCUCACCAAGACUUUGUACAAUUGUAGCCAGAUUUCUUUAUCCCCAUCUUCCACCCUAUAGUUCUUUGUGAUCUUUGCCUGCAUGAGCUUGAAUUUGGUCAAAACAAUAUCAAAGAGUGGGAGGUGGUUUUCAUGUCUCUGUGGCCUGUGUUAUUGAGAUCCAACUCCAGAUGUUACAGCUGCUGGCAUUACCUUAUCCUCCAGCUACGGGUGUUGAUCCAUAAAAUGGGAUAUAGGGAACACAUACCACAGACAAUCGUUCCAGUCAAUGUCUUCAAAGAUCCUGUCGAUGGAACCUCGGGUUCUCUGAUCUGUGGCUGGUUUUCUCAAAACUUAAUGUCCAAACAGCGGCCAGAGCAACCCUCAGUUGCUUGGGCUUCCUGGAGCUUCAGCCUCUAGUCAACCUUUCCCCGUUAUUCCUCUUUUCAGGCUCACGUGGUGCCAUCUCAUCUGCCUCAAUAGCUGCAUUCUCCUGAGUACGGAAGAUGAAGGGCUGAUCUAUUGGAGGUGUUAAGGUGAUGAAAGGAUUCAGUAGGUUGAGCUGUGGAGAAUGAGUUUCCUUUGGUGCAUGAUGCCAGAAUAAAGGGGGAUAUCCUUCAAAUUCGAAACAGGACAUUCAGGGAGAUGCCAGGAAGCACGUCCACACAGAAAGGGUCAAGGGAAUCUGGAACCCCCUUCCACAGAAACCUGUUGAGACUUGGUGUGCAUGAUCCGACAGUUCUUUUCCGAAACCUUUUGAUUUCAGCAACAGCUGCUUGUUAGAACUCAGUCUUCGGGUAACGAAACAGCCGGGGCUCAGAGCAACGCUGACUUCCCGCACCAAAAAUCAAACAAAGACCUGAUUUGACUCUUGAGUCCACAUGCAGAUUUUCCUGAUAAUUUCGAAACGGCUGCUAAGUUAAUGGAAUGCACUUGGCUUGCUGUGCCUGGGAUUGGUGCUAGCUCUUCAAAUUUGAGUUAACAUGCAUCUUCUGGGGAGGUCCAGGUCGGCUACCUGUUCGCCACCCCGCCUGACUGCAAUAAAAUUGGACAGAGUGUACAACAGCCGGUUCUAAUGGGACUCUUGUGGGGCACAGUGGUAGUGUUCCUACCUCUGUACUAGGAGGCCUGCGUUCAAGCCCCACCUGCUCCUAUCUGGGCAAGAAAAAUAUCUACAACAGCCGGUUCAUCCUGCAGUACCUGUUUGUGACUCUGUUGCAGUUGGAUUUCAUUCCUGGCAACAUUGAAUUGCAAUUCUUAAGCUUGGAUUAAAAAAAAGUGCUCAAGAUGUGGGCAGUAUGUUUGCAAAAUUAGUUAUUGCCCAUCCAAUCAAGGGGUGAGUUGAGGUUUUUUUUUCCUCUCCCUACGCUACCACUGCCCCCCAACACCACCCAUGUUGUGUGUUUGUGUAUGUGCAGUGACUCAGUGAAGACACCGUGUGCAAGCAACUUUACUCAAUAUUUCCACCACCAGGAAAACACCCAUGUGGCCAGUGAACCAGUCACAAACAGAGCCCAGUAAGAGCAAUGCUUAUGUGAAGAAAGUGAGUGGAGUUUUCUAAAGGCCGAAGUAGCUUUCCAACACGGAUUACCAAGAAUGUAAGGAUGUUCAUGAAAAAGUUCUGAUUUUUUGUUUAAAAGGAAUUCUUUCAUCUGGUGCCAACUCACAAAUGACCUGAUUGGAAAUUCAAAGUCAUACCUGGUCACAAUGGGAUUUGAACACUCAAUCUCUACAUUAUUACACUAGAGUACUAUGUGCCUGUUUUCACUGAUCACAGUCAACAGUCAUUUCAUUCAUUUUUAUGCCUUAAACAAAAAUACUUAGCUCUAAAUAUGGCCAUCCUUUUAAUAUAAAUCACACACACGUACUGCUAUAAUAAUGCUACUUUCUCUGGAUUUGGUGAAUUUCUAGAGGUUUUGAUACUUUGUCUGUACCUGUUUUCAUUACACAACGUUGUAACCAUAACGUCAAUUGACUUAAUAAUGUAAUUCAGAACGAACAAAUAUCAGACUUUGAUCAUUGUUUGCAGAGAAGGUAACAAACAAUGUAUUAUAAUAAAUUCUGGUUUAAUUUGCCAUAAAUGG